AGCUCGGAGGGGCGAAGGAAGGCGAGAGAUCAACAGAAGAAAACGGCUUCCGAGGACCGCAAUCUUUGCAUUUUGAGCUCACCUUCUGUUGAUUCGAAGUGCGUGAUCUUCCAUGGCAUCCACCAGCAAGGUCAAUUUCUAUGAGGAAGAAGAAGAGGACGAAGAAGAGGAACUUGAACACUUUGAUGAUUUCACUCUAGCUUCGUCGUGGGAAAGGUUCAUAUCGGACAUAGAGGCAACUUGUCGACAAUGGUUGGCAGAUGGUCCGAAAAAUCUGCUGGCAAAGGGUGCAGUUCAGGUGGAUUCCUCAAAGAACAUAUACAAGGUGAAAUCUGAUUUGAAAAAUAUCACAAGGAGUUACUGCAUGGAGUAUCACUUUGAAAUCAACAGCAGUGGGAAAGUUGUUGACUGGAAUUAUCCUCUGCAUGAUUUACAGCUUUGUUUUGGGGUAAAGGACUUCUUGGUGAUUUCACCUCAAAGCGCCAGUGGGGUAGUGCUUGAUUCCCCAGAGGGCAGCAAGCUUUUAAGUGCAGUUGCAAUUGCUCUGACAAAUUGUUCAAGUUUGUGGCCAGCAUUUGUUCCAAUCCAUGAUCCAUCUAGAAAAGCAUAUAUGGGAAUUCAAAAUAUGGGAACAGUUUUUACUAGAAGGUUUGAGGCAGAUCAAAUUGGUAGCCAGGUGCCAAUUAAAUUCAUGCAUCUGGAAGGAUUACAUGAGUUGUUUCUUUCUAAGUUUGCUUACUCCUCGUUGGAUCAUUCAACACAUCUUUUUAAAGUCCAUUUUACAAUGAAGCUAACCUACAGAACCCUACAUUACGAUGAUGAUGAUGAUAUUCAAGGAGCUGAUGCUGACAAUGUGGGGCCUGGAGCAGACCUAGAUGGUCGCAGCAGCAACAAAACCCAAUGGGAUGAUGACUGCCCUUGGAGCGAGUGGUACUCGGCCGAAGAUCCAGUGAAAGGAUUUGAUUUAAUUGCCACAUGGUCAGAGAAGGUGGUUGAAAGCUCCUUGGAAAUGGCUGAAAUAGAAAAUGUUUCACCUCAUGAUGCUCAGAAGUGGAUCCUAAGUCCAAAUAUUGCCCCAAAUCUUUCAAAAGGAAACAGAAUUGGGUUUGCUUCUCAAUUGUCCCUUUUGGUUGAUGCACUGGAGAUGUCCUAUGAAGCUCAAUUUCUGGAGGAUUUUGUUUCAGUUGAAAAUUCUGGUUCAGACACUUUGAAAUCUUCUUGGGUUAUACCCCCAUCUACUGUUGUUGAUCGCGUGCUUAAAGAUCUCUUUCUUGAAGGCAUGAAACUUCCAGAUUUAGCCAAGGGUGACCACAUGAAUUCUCGAGCCAUCAAAGGCUCUCCUCUUCAAUCACUUUUUGCACAGUUUUGCUUGCACUCUUUAUGGUUUGGCAACUGUAAUAUACGUGCUAUUGCUGUACUCUGGCUAGAGUUUGUUCGAGAAAUUCGUUGGUGUUGGGAAGAGUCACAGCCAGUACCUAAAAUGUCAUCCGAUGUAUCUAUUGACCUAUCAACUUGUUUGAUAAACCAGAAACUACAAAUGCUUGCAAUUUGCAUUGAGAAGAAGCGUGAACUAAAUGAAGAAUUUGAAGAUUGUAUUGGAAGUCAAGAUGAUGCUUUUGAUCAUGUGGAGGAACAGGGUCGAGUUGGUGAGAGGUCAACUGAUUUGCGUCCAUCCAGUAAAGACUCUGUUGCAGAAUGUAACAGCCACUUGACGUCUGAUGGUUUCCAUGAAUCUAAAGUAAUAAUGUCAAGGUUUAGUACGAACCAUGAAGACAUUCCUUCUGCUGAUCCAGAACCUUCGAAUUCUCUCAGGAGAGGCUCAGCUGGUCCAGUGGGGUCUAUGAAGCUUCUGAAGUCAUAUCAGAGCUUGCAUGCCCCAUUCACCCAGGAUGCACCACUUAUGACAGAAGACAUGCAUGAAGAACGACUACAGGCAGUUGAAGCAUCCAGUGAUUCGUUUAGCUUUUCUGCUCAGUUGGAGAGAGAGGUCUUAUCCUCAGACAUGUCAGCAUUUAAAGCAGCCAACCCAGAUGCCGUUUUUGAAGAUUUUAUCCGCUGGCAUUCUCCUGGAGAUUGGGAGAAUGAUGAAACUGAAGGAAGUAGUUCAUCCAGAAAUCUUAAUGUGGAGGGUAUAAAGGAAGACUGGCCUCCUCGAGGACAACUUUCGCUACGAAUGUCUGAUCGUGGAAACUUGUGGCGAAAGAUUUGGAAUGAUGCACCUGCUUUGCCGGUUUAUGAGCAGAAGCCCGUACUGGAUCCAAAUCGAGAAGGGGAGAAGGUCCUUCAUUACCUUGAAACAUUGCGACCACAUCAGCUGCUUGAGCAAAUGGUUUGUACUGCCUUCAGAGCAGCAGCCAACAGUCUAAACCAGACUAACUAUGGGGGCUUGAAGCAGAUGAACACAAAAAUAGAGCAACUUUACCGUACUAUAGCGUCUACAUUAUCACCUUUGCGAGCAAAUCAAUUUCAAGGCAACAGUGAGGUUUUUGAAGAUCUAAGAAGGCUAUGUGUAGUCUUUGAACAUGUUGAGAAGUUAUUAACUCUUGCAGCUUCUCUCCAUCGUAAAUUCUUAAAUGCCCCUCGCCUCUCUGAAGCAUUUUUCAGUGACUACCACGAUUUUUACCUUCCAGCAAUGGGAAUGGGCUCAGUGGACAUAGAUAAUGAAAAGGAGUUUGGCACAAAGCAGCAACUGAGAAUGAACGAGAGACAGGUAGUGUCAAAUAUGUUUAGACCACCUACUGCUAACCAAUCAUGGAGGAAAGUUUUAAGCAUGGGUAAUCUUCUUAAUGGCCACGAACCGAUUCUCAGGGAGAUUGUCUUCUCCUUGCGUGAUAGCGUCAGCGGCAAUCACUACGCAGCCAGUACUCCCGAGGGUUAUCAACAGGAAAUAGAAACACACAGAAUGUAUAUAUGUGGAACGUCAAAUGAUCUCCGUGUAGGACUUUCCGUCACCUCAUGCGAUUAAAACUGUCUUAGAAAAUUGUGAACAUCGUUUAGCACGGACCUUGUAAAUUAAGUUCCAUUCUUUAGAACGUUACAGUUGGGGACACGUGGAGCGUCUCUGGCAAUUGACGUUUCCAGGAGAUGAGUACAUUAAUUUCAUAUUCACCAUCUUGUUCCACUGAUUGAUAAGUAAGUUAAACUUUCACAUUACUAGGAAAGCUGUUACUGAUCUUUCAUUGUUCCAGUGUAGAAUUGUUGAAGCUCUUUCUGCAAACUGGGGCAUUUUUAUCAUAUGAUUGGAUGUGGGAAACCUAGGAUUGUAUGAUAUUUCACUGUCGACGGACCACAUUGCCCAUGAUAUUCCAUGGAAGUCAAUUUAAUGAGGUUCUAAUCAAUCAAAAUCCAAUUGAGAAGAGUAUAUCCUGAUUAUGUGCACAAUGGAUGAUGCAGAACAAAACUUCGCAGGAGAA